AAAACUUUUCUCCCUUUCUCAAUUGCUGAUUCUCACUCCAAAAUCUAGGGUUUCAGAUCCCAAAUUCUCUUCAAUUUCGUUUUUCAAUUAGGGUUCAGAUUCGGUUUUUGUUCGUUCGUUUUGAAUCGAUUGAAGAAAUUUUGAUAGUUGUGUUUCGAUUUUCUAGGGUUUUGGAAUUCGUGGAUUCGUUUUUUUUUUUGUUGUUGAAUUUCAUCGGGGAAGUUUAGGUUUUUUGUGGGGUUUUGUUGGGUUUUUUUUGUUUGUUUUGAUAUGGCUAAUUCUGUUGAAGAUGAUGUUGAUUACGAGAGUGAUCCUGAAGAGUCGAAGAGAUCGGUUCUUACAAUGCGGAGGCGUGAGGCGAGUGAUGAUGAGGAGGAGGAUGUAGAAGGGGAAGGGGAAAGAGAGGAUUCAGUGAAGAGUGAGGAUCUUCGUGGUAGGGUUCGGUCUGAUGAUUCGGAUGGGGAGGGUGGUGUGGCUGAUUAUGAUGAUGAGGAACUUGAAGAGGAAGAAGAGUAUGAGGAGGUUGAAGAAGAAGAAGAGUAUGAGGAGGUUGAGGAAGUGUAUGAGGAGAAGGGUGAGAGUAGGGUUGGGGGUUCUGUGAUUGGGGUUAAGGAAUCUGAUGGGGAGGUUGUGGCAUCUUUGGAAGAGGAUUCUGCUGAGGUUAAUUUGGAGGAGAAAAAGGAGAAUGAACCAUUUGCUGUGCCUACAGCUGGUGCUUUUUACAUGCAUGAUGACCGUUUUAGGGACAAUUCUGGUGCUCGCCAAAGGCGGAUGCAUGGUGGAAGGAGAUUGUGGGAGUCCAAAGAUGAUAAGAAAUGGGGGCAUGAUAAGUUUGAGGAAAUUUCAGUGCAGGAUAGGGGCUUCAAUGAGAGGAGGAGGCCUUCUAGGGGUAACUUCCGAGGACGUGGUAGAAUUCGCGGCACUGAUCGUGGAGGACAUGGUCGAGGAAACCGGAGAGAAUUUAAUGACAGAAAUGACAGAGAAUAUAAUGACAGAGAGUAUAAUGAUGGCCGCAAUCAAAGUCAGGUGCCUAAAGUUGUUGUGAAAGGGAGAGGGCCACGAAGGUAUGAACCAACUAACAGAAGGAAUGGUCCAGCUCCCCAGGUUCAUAAUAAACAAUCUGGGAAAUCUCAGGAGAAAACUUCACUUGUUAGUUCAGAGAGAUUUUCAGUACCAGCAUCCAAUGCAGAAUCUGACCCCAUGCCUGCUAAGAAAACUUCACAUGUUUCUUCAAAUUUGAACUAUGCAUCCCCACCAUUUUAUCCGUCGGGCUCUUCCAACAAAGAAGUUAAUCUGGCACCAAAACGUGAUGUACAAAUUGGCAACACCAGCAGGAACAUUCACCCUGUUAUGGAUGGGGGUUUUCAAGCUCAACAAAACAAUGUAGUUCAUCGGGGGAAGAAUGUUGCUGAUUCCAUCAGCAUGGACAAGCUAUAUAUUGACCAGUCUGUCGGCCCGUCUGUUGGAAAGCCUUUGAACAAUGUUCAUUUGGCACCACCUGGAUCUUCUCAAUCUCAUUUUCCCAGGCCUGCUGGGCCUGGAAGAGGUGCCCCAAUCCCAUUACAGAUGAAUUACCCACCUGCUCUCUCACACACUCAAACAAAUAAAGUUUCUCAAACUCAACUGCACGACAUUCAGAGAAGUUCUGCAUCAGGGAGGACUUCGACGUCUGUGCAAGCUACUGCCCCACAGACUGGCCAUCGACCUGGCAGUGGAUCUCAGUCUUCAUCUCCUCCCAAAAGAGCUGCAUCAAUUAAUUCACUUGAUUCUGGGGAAACAGAUGCAGCCUCAGAAUCAGGUAAUGCCAAAGGAGCAUUGGUUGGUAAGGGAAGGGGAGCUCCCCAAGGUGCUGGAAGGGGACCUUUUGUUUAUGGCGGGGCACAGGUAAUGGGGGCUGCUGGAAAUUUGGGCAUGAGUCAAGGAGAUCCGAACUUCCCCACCUUCUUGCCAGUAAUGCAAUUUGGGGGGCAGCAUCCUGGUGGUAUGGGAGUUCCCGCUGUUGGCAUGGCAUUCCCGGGAUAUGUUGCUAAUCCUCAACUUGGUUUAGGAAAAUCAGAAAUGACAUGGUUACCAGUCUUGGCUGGUGCUGCAGGAGCCUUGGGGGCUCAAUACUGUUCACCAUACCUUGCUGUUGAUGGGGCUUACGGUCGACAACCAGGACAAACCUCUGCAAUUGAUACUUCAAGCAAGGAAAAUAAUGUGAAUAAAGCUAAUAAUGAAUUGAAGCCACCACAAAAAUCUGAUCUGGUAAAUGAUGAGUAUGGACAACGACAGAAUAAACCUCGCAGAUAUUCAGAGAUGAAUUUUGGUCAGUGAAGUUUUAUAUAGGAUACAACUUGUUUGAAAUAAGCAGUUAAAGGCCUUACUCUAGGCCCCUUGUUCUUCAGCUUUUCAUCUGGAGUACUUUGGGCUGCAAUAAAUUUCAAGAUAUUUUAGUUAUACAACACCUGCUCAUGCUGUACCGCAUUCUUGACGUUAUUGCAGUUUGACGGGUGGUAGUUGCUUGUUUAAUUGUGCGGUUUUUCUUGCAUGUUUGAUUUUCUAAUGAAGCUUGUGAGAAACUAGACAGGCUUCACGCAAUGAACUAUGGAUAUAGAAAAAAAAAUAUAAUGAUUGUGAAGCAGCAGACAACAUUCUCUCAUGUAAAUGGUUACCUUGUUCCAUUUGGUUUUGACAUUGUGUUUUGAUUACAAGACUUUAUAAGUUGAUAAGCUGAUGACUAUAUAAGCUUUGGUGACAUUUUUAAUCAAUGCAUCGUUUUCCUUUUCAACUUCAA